GGGUCCCAAUAAAGACUGAAGUAGUGAGCGGCGACAACGGGAACCACCAGUCAGUCAGAGGCGCGCAGGACCAAACUUCAGUGCUCGACAUGGAGAUGCCCGCUAAACUCGUGUUCCCCGUCGUGGUGAUCUCCGUGCUGGUGGCUUGCAGUCCGACGGAGGCUUGGUACAAGCAGGUGGCCGGCCCAAGCUACUACUCUGUGGGCAGGGCGUCCGGCUUGCUGUCCGGUAACCGGAGGUCACCGUACGUCAGGAGAGCCGAGCCGGACCCGUCAGACAGCGAAGAGCUGGCGACCAACAGCGCGUCUCCUGAAUUCCCUCCGCGCAAUUUCAUCCUGAAGACGAUGGCUGUUUGCAUCAAAGACAUUACACCAAACCUGCAGAGCUGUGAACUCUUCCAGGAAAUCAAAGGUUCAUUUAAGUGCCAAGCAGACGUCUUCCUCACUCUGGACUCUGCAGACUGUGCAGAAGACUGAGCAGUGAAGCAGACAGCUGGGCUGGAUGAUGGGGGAUAAAAAAAACUACAUCCCUAACUUUAACACCAAAUGUUGCACUAGAUGCAAGAUAUGCUACUUUUCAUUUAUCACUUCACCUGUUUAUUCAUUGAUUUUGUGAUGAACCAAUUUUAAAAACUAAAGCUGUAAAAGUAGUGUGCUAAAUGUACAUACA